UCUUUGUUGCACGAGGUGCAUCGGGAAAACGUGCACUGAAAAUAUCGACAGGAAUAGUUGGAGACCGAGACUCCGGCUGUGAUUUUACAGUGAGAUGGACGAUAAUGCUGAGUUUUAUAAGGAUCUACCGAAGGUGGAGCUUCAUGCUCACCUGAACGGAUCGGUGAGCGUCCAGACUAUGGAGAAGCUCAUCCGGCGGAAACCGCAGCUUAACAUUGAACACAGCAUGACGGCCAUCGGCAAAGGCCAGCGGAGGACACUGGACGAAUGUUUUGAGGUCUUCAAGGUAAUCCACAAACUGGUGGACACGGAGGAGGAUAUUCUGAUGGUGGCGACGGAUGUUAUCAAAGAGUUUGCAGCUGAUAAUGUCAAAUAUCUUGAGCUCAGAAGCACACCGAGGGAAGAGAAUCACACCAGUACGAAUCGACUAACAAAAAAGAGUUACAUUGAGACAGUGAUUAAAGCCAUUCAGCAGUGUAAAAACGAGGGAGUGGACAUAGACGUCAGGUUUUUGGUGGCCAUCGAUCGCAGAAAUGGCGCGGAGGUUGCUAUGGAGACAGUGAAGCUGGCUGAAGAGUUCAUGUUGUCGUCUGGAGGUUUGGUGGUGGGAAUUGACCUCAGCGGAGACCCAACGGUGGGACACGGCCGCUGUCUCCUUCCUGCUCUGGAGCGAGCCAGGAACUGCGGGCUGAAGCUGUCGCUGCACAUGGCAGAAGUUCCCUCCCAGCUGGAGGAGUCCGAGUUGCUGCUGAACCUUCCUCCUGACCGGAUCGGUCACGGAACCUUCCUGCAUCCGGAGAUGGGCGGUUCUCAGUCCCUCGUAGACCGAGCCGUGAAAGGCAGGAUUCCUCUGGAAAUUUGCCUGACGUCAAACGUCAAAGGACAAACGGUGCCGAGUUACUCCCAGCACCACUUCAGAUACUGGUACCAGCUGGGUCACCCAUGUGUCAUUUGUACGGACGAUAAGGGAGUCUUCUGUACGGACUCGUCUCAGGAAUAUCAGCUGGCUGCGUCCGCCUUCGGUCUGCGUCCCGAGGCGGUGUGGACGCUGUCGGAGCGCGCCGUGGACUGCAUCUUCGCAGGAGACGAAGUGAAGCAGCAGCUCAGACAGAAGUGGACUGAAUUAAAGCCUGGGCUGCUGAAGGGAGCCGAGCUGCAGGCUUAGAGAUCAUCUCUGGGUUUGAUUUUACACUGUAAAAACUAAAUCUUACCAAGUAUUUUUAGUUUAGUUUAAAGUGCAAAUGUCUUAGUUAACUUGAAAUAAGACAAAACUAACUUACAAGUAACUUUUCAACAAGAUCAAGUAUUAGUUCCACUGGUAGAUUAUUUCACUUAUAACAAUACAUUGUUCCAAUAAGUGACAUAAUCUGCCAGUGGCACUAGAUACUAACGGGGCAGGAUUAUGUAAAAUCAACUUGGCUCCUUCAGACUAGCUAGCAGCAAUUAGUAAACACCUUGUAGAACUGCUGAGCUCAUAGCAGCUACUUCUCAGUGAAACGCUGGUAAACAUUUUGCUAAAAGGUUAAUA